AUGUUGGAGAUUGAGGAGCGGUGUGGGGGGAGCAAGGAGGCGGAGGUGGGCAGGGAGGUAAGCGGGGUUGGUUUGGAUGUCGGCAAGGGAGGGACGUGGGGAGAUCGUUCCCCACUUGGGAGGAGUGCCAACAUUUCCCCGCGCGUACCAGGCAUCAUCGAGAGCCUUGAAGCAAGUGCUAGGGGGAUGGUUUGUCUGCCCGCAGGGUGUUCCAGCCCGGGGACCAUAGCGACGGAGAUAGGUGCGGGGCGGAAGAGUGCUAGGACGACUUCCGCGGCCUGCAGAGGCUCUGCCCGAAUUAGUGGUGCCAUGCUCAUCCCCAGUGGUGCUGCCACGGCUGUUUGUGCUGCCGUUGCCCUGACCGCCACCUCCCUUGGCCCCACCUCCCCCUUUGCCGUUGUUCCGAGCCUGCUUGCGGGGCUGGGUGGCGUUGAGGGAGGAGGAGGAGGAUUGGGAGGAGGCGAGGUUGACAAUGGGGGUGCGGAGUUUGACUUCGGUGUCUAUGAUCCACUGCUCAACGGAGGCGAGAUCGGCCAUGGGAUUGGCUUCGUCUGCAUCAGCGGUGGCUUGGUCGACGGUGAGUUGGAGGUCGGGUUCACGAGGAGGAUCGCCAGGAGAGGGAGGGAGAGGAGGGGUCUCGCCGGGGUGGUCACGAGCGGUGGGGGAGAGAGCAUGGGGACGGCGGAGGAUGACGUCAAGGACGCGGUAGGGGGGAACCCAUGCAUCGGAGAGAACUCGACGAAUGCUGCCGAUGAAGGAGUGCCAGUUGACGGUGGAUUUGUCCGCGGCGAGCUGCAGUUUAUCGAUAGAGGAGGUAUCAAUAGGGGGAGGGAGGGGGGAGGGUGUGGUGUGAGCCAUGAUGGACGGCCGCGGGUGGACCCGCAGUGGUCCCGGAGGGGCGUGAGGAGAGGCGGCGACGAGUCCGCGUAG